UAUCUCAAAAUGGAGCACUUUACUACAGUAUUUAGCUGUAAAACUAUUUUACCUUUACAAAAAUAAGUUAUCAAUUUAAUUCUAAUUAGCAAUCUACUCAAAGCCAUCAGGCUGGUAUCCAUGUUUGGAGAGAAGUAUUCCAUGGACCUGUGCAUUGAAUCUAUGACUGAACAGAUCUCAUGGAUAGAGAAGUGGAGAAGUUUAGAUGCUCAGUUGUAGUAUGUAGGCAUUUAUAAAUACAUGGUAUCCAUAACAAGGUUAAUCCUUUCAGUUUUAUAGCGACUCAGUUACAUUUGCCCUUCAUACCUUGAGAAAGUCUGAUGGUGAGCAUGAAUCUCACCAAUCUGUUGUAUAAUGAUGUUGUGGUUUUUCUUGAGGAUAAGUAGAUUUUCUGCUCACAACUUAUAUAUAGGAAAUAUUUAACAGUGAAUAUAUUUCAAAGAUUAGGUAACCUCAAAGGAAAACAAAAUAAUUGCAGAAACUCUAAGAAGGGAUUACUUAAAAUUUGUUUUUGAAUGUGUGCAUCAUUGGUAAUACCAAUGCUUGUUGCCCAUUCCCAGUUGCCCAUGAGAAAUGACAGUUUCUAAUUUAUUUCAGUUUAAAUCUGUAAAAAAUUCAUGGAAGGCAGGCUGCACCAUUUAUAUUUUAGUUUAUCAUGUUCCACAAGAUAACAGAAAAUUGCACAACUGUGUGUUAUCUCUGUUAUGAAACAAAAUGAUUUUCACUUCUAUGAGGGUAAAAAGUACAGGUCACAUGGUGUCCUUUUACAUUCCUGGUGCAAAUAUUUACAGAGAUCUAAAUUACAAGUCAAUCCAAAAGUCAGGUAAAGGUUACAAUGAGAAUAAAAUAUUUUUAAAAACUGUAAUCAUUGGUUUAUGAAACUUUGGGGGACACGAGUUACCACACAGCAGCCUCUGAAUAACAAAACAUACAAUUAAAUAAAAAAUAGUUUUAAAAUAUAACAAGAAGCUGCUGUUGGAACAGAGCUGUCAUCCCCCUACAGUACUGUGCUAAAACAAUGAAAAGUUAAGUAACACUUUUUCCAAUGACUGUGUCAUGCAGCUUUCAGAUCAGGUUCAUAAGUUCAAAAUGUGACGGGACCCUCAAGUACCGGUGAUAAAUGUAGGGCAGGGCAACAAGUCCCACUGAUCUCCAUGGCACCACAGACCCUGGAAAGGCUUUUUGACAAACUUGGCCACUUUGGAAGAUUCCAAGCUGCUGUGUAUUUUGUGGUCAAUUUCCAAACUAUAGCAUGUGGGAUCCACUAUUUGGCCUCAGUGUUCCUUGCUGUAACACCACAGUUCGUGUGCAAGUUGCCUGGAAAUGUGACCACGAUCCUUGUUUCAAAUACUACAGCGGGCCCUGGAGAUUUGUGGAACUUGUGGACUGCAGAUUCACGCAGUGUAAUCGCUCAUAUGGAAAACGGAGAGAUCUGGGAAGCUGAGAAAUGUGUUCGUUUCAAAAGAAUUGGAAGCUUUGAGCUAAUGAAUUACUUUAAAGGCAACAGGACACGUUAUCCCUGCUCUGAUGGUUAUAGCUAUGAUCAAAGCAACAUUGAAAACAGCAUUGUGACUGAGUGGGACCUAGUCUGUGACAGGGAAUGGUUAGCAAAACUCACCCAGCCCAUUUUUAUGUUUGGAGUCCUACUGGGUGCUGUGGUGUUUGGGGAUAUCGCUGAUAGGUUGGGACGACGCUAUAUACUAUGGUUCACAAGCACAGCUCAAUUUGUGUUUGGAGUUGGUGUUGCAUUCACCAAUGAUUAUUACAGCUUCAUUGUUGUUCGUUUCCUCCUAGCCCUGGUUUCCAGUGGCUACCUUGUGGUUGUUUUUGUCUAUGUGACAGAAUAUACUGGAUUGAAAGCCCGCAGUUGGGCAUGUAUGCAUGUCCAUGCUUACUUUGCUGUUGGCAUCAUGGUAGUUGCCUUGGUUGGAUUCCUGGUCCGGGCCUGGCGAUUCUACCAACUUGUUUUGUCACUUGUGACAAUACCGUUUAUAUUUUGCUGCUGGCUAUUGCCAGAGACACCCUGGUGGCUUCUGGCUAAAGGACGGCUUGAAGAAGUGCAGAAACUGAUUGACACAAUUGCUCAAUGGAACAAAGUCAAGAUCCCAUGUCGUGUCUCUGUAAUGCAGAUGAAUAGUCCUGAUGAUUCAACUGACAAGGAAAUUGCAAUAAAGACAAGUGAGACCAAAGAAGGCAAAACCAGUAUCCUAGAUCUUUUCCGUACCUGGAAUUUGGCUAAGAGGACCAUCACAAUCUGGCUUUCGUGGUUCACUGGGAGUCUGGGCUAUUAUGUUAGCUCUUUGGGUUCUGUCAAUCUGGGUGGAAACGAAUAUCUGAAUCUUUUUCUGGCAGGUGCAGUGGAAAUUCCUUCCUACAUUGUUGCUUGUUUUGUGAUGGACAGAUUGGGAAGAAGGAAUACUUUAGCACCGUCCCUGUUCCUGACUGGUGUGGCAUGUUUUCUCAGCAUGGUGACUCCCCAGGACAUUAAGGCCCUGUCAAUCACUCUGAGCAUGAUUGGAAAGUUUGCAAUAGCUGUGGCAUUUGGAUUGAUUUACCUGUACACCGCUGAGCUGUACCCAACUAUAAUACGUUCAUUGGCUGUUGGUACUGGAAGUAUGAUAGCUCGUGUUGGAAGUACAGUGGCACCUUUUUGUGUUCUCCUGUCAUCCGUGUGGAUCUUUCUACCACAGUUGAUUGUGGGAAUUAUGUCCUUUCUGACUGGCUUGUUAACGUUGUUGCUACCGGAAACUCUCGGGAGACCUCUAGCCCAGACCUUUGAGGAAGCUGCAAGAUUGCAAAAGAAAACAAAGCGAGACAAAACCAAAGAAGAUUCAUGUGGAGAAGAUGGCAGUGCUGCAGUGGGGAGGAUUGUAAAACGAGACUAUAUCAUCGAUGGUAUAGAGAAAUCAAAGGAAGAGCAGAGUCUGAUUGAACAUUUAACACGGUUGUAAAGCUCAUUCAUUGAUCACUAAGUCUUGAAAUAGGCGAGUGUUGUAGUAUUGAUUAGAUACUAAUGUCUUCAAUCUGUAAACUAACAAAAAGUAUACAAACAGUUUGGCAUCUAUUACAAACAAACAUAUAUAUAAAGUAAAAUCCAACAUUAUUUUUAGUAGUUUGUCCCUACUGUAGUUAAGUGGUCAAGAAGUAUUCCUAUUAGACAGUAAAAGAACAACUUAUUAAUUAUGGUGCAUGCUGAUUUGCCUAUAUGGGAAUUUAACUGCAAAAUGAAUAUUGACUGAUAACAGUCUAACUCGUAGCCUACAAUAGGCUGCAUUUUAUAUUCUUAUCAACUAUCUCUUCUGGUAAAAAACAUCUCUUCAAUUUUGAUCACUAGGACUUCAAAAUAAAUUACUGAUUGGUCAUUGUUUGAAAUUUUCCAUAACAUUAAUUAGAACUGGAUGAUGAGAAAUGUGCUGUUUUGGGGUGGGAAUUGAGACUUUCAAGAAGUUAAGACUAACUUUGUUCCAUUACUUAUACAAACCAUGAUUAUAGAACAGUUUGUCUUGACUAAUGUUCACCAACAAUAAGUUUUUAUUUUUGAGUUAAUUUAGUGAAUAUCACCAUAUCAGCUACAUCCUGUAGAGGACAAUACUGUGGAGACCUUAACAUUUGGACUCGAUCCUCACGUAAUAUCUAGAUUUUUAACUGUAAACUAAAAUUAACAGAUAUCAAACAAGGUCUUUUGUGUAUUCAUUACCCGUGGUAACAUGUUUUUGUUCAGACUGUUUCAUCAAAACAUAAACAGAGUCAAAGCUACCUCUGCCUUGAUUGGCUGAAUGGCAUCCUUCUAUAAGUUUUCCCCAUUUUCUGGUCACCUAGUUCAUUCACCAAUUCUAGGCAAGCGUUCUCUAUUAAUAUCAUAGACCAUGUGGCCACCACAUCAUUAUUUUUCUAAUUGACCUUCCUUCCGUAUAGGAAGUGCUUGGCUCUCCAUUUAGCUCUGACCCAUUACACUGUGCUUAAGAGCAGGAACUGAGAGAAUCGAGCAGAAUUGAAUCUACGGCAUCACUCAUUAAUGAAACAUCAUGCAAUUAUUUUUAGUGCUUUACCAACCAAAUUUGUGCCAGAAUCAAAAGUAGAAAACUGUAGCAAUAACAGUAAUACGACAAAGGUUCAAAUAACAUUUAGGAAUCUGACCUUAAAAGUUUUUAAAUCUUUUCUUAUUUUUCUUUCUGCUUUUAAUAAAUCUGUCCCAAGCCAUCCAUGUUGCUAUAUCCAUAAAGCCCUCUGUAGUCAGGAAGGCAAGAAAUUAUAGUCUGUAAUUGUACAAAAAUUGCAGACUUUCAGGAUUAUGAUAUAGUCAAUUGUUAGUAGACCAGUAAAGUUAAACUUUGAUUUGUAAAAAUGUAAUACUGCAUCAAACAUAUCAACAAUUAAUUAAUACAAAGAAUGAAAGUCAUAUGCAUGUAUGACAUUUACUCAGAUAAUGGGAACCAAUGAAUCUCAUGACACCCGUGCCACUGUUGUUAAGUUCCCCAAGCAUGGUGUUGUUCAAUUGACUACAAAACCAAAUGUAGAACUGCAGGGACUUAUUUGGGGAAGCCACUAGGAAGAAUUUUUUUUUAUGUUAGGUCUUCUGGAACACCAGUCUUGUAACUUUUGUACUGUGGUUUGGCCAGGAAUCCUGCAAGCAUCCUGCUUAAAGGACCAUGCGAUGCAGCUAAAAUUCAAGAGCUCCCAAAGUGACUCUGACUGUUCAUUCACUCUUAAUGUUGAAGUUGAAAGGUUUUAAGACAAUAUUGAGAAUCUAGUGCGGAAAGUGGUCCCCAGACCAUACAGUACUACAUACUGUAUUACAUAUUAGUUUGAGAACAAGUCAAUGUAGUAUUAAACCUUUGGGAAAGCAUGGUGAUAGGAAUGACUUCAAUUAUAUAAUGCCACCUUGCUUAUAAAGUCGCUGAUAGUGAUUGCUACUUCAUUGUUCAAGCCUCAAGGUGCCCACGGUUCACAAACAGAUUAUAGAUAGCACUUAAACUGUUUGUCCACUGCUUUACUGAUAUUGGUGGAAAUCACAGAGCUCCAUAUGUAAGACCCAUUUCAGCUUGCCAAAUACUUAAAUGGAUUAGUCUGAGGCUGGCAAGUAAACAGAAGAGUACCAAAACACUGGUUUCUGGGCUAGUGUUAAUUUGAACUGACAGCAUUGCUGCAGUCUUAGGAGAUAGAAGGUGCAUAUAAACAAGGAACAAGAGUUGGCCACUCACCUCUUCAAGCCUGCCCUGCCAUUCAUAAAGUCAUACAGCUCAGAAACAAACACUUCGAUCCAACCAGUCCAUGCCGAACAUAAUCCCAAAUUAAACC